CACUACGGUAUCAUUAAGCGUUCGAGUACGGUCUGAAACAGUCAUAAAACGACACAAAACAACAAACAUGAGCGGAAGAGGCAAAGCAGGAAAAUCGAAGGGAGGCAAAUCCAAGACCAGGUCGUCCCGUGCCGGACUCCAGUUCCCGGUCGGUCGUAUCCACCGUCUGUUGAGAAAAGGAAACUACGCCGAACGCGUCGGAGCCGGAGCACCCGUGUACCUGGCCGCCGUCAUGGAAUACUUGGCCGCUGAAGUCUUGGAAUUGGCCGGUAACGCCGCCCGUGACAACAAGAAGUCUCGUAUCAUUCCCAGACACUUGCAAUUGGCCAUCAGAAACGACGAGGAGUUGAACAAAUUGUUGUCCGGUGUUACCAUCGCUCAAGGCGGUGUGUUGCCCAACAUCCAAGCCGUUCUUUUGCCUAAAAAGACCGAAAAGAAAGUCUAAAACUUUACUGUCACUAGAUUAUUUAUUAAAAAGGCCCUUUUCAG